AUGGCGAACGAAAAGUCCACCCUCGACGACAUCGCCCGCAAUACGUCUGAUGACAAUGUCGACCUCAAAUCUCUAGACUCUGACGCUCUCGCCUUGGCGCAGAUGGGUUACACCCAAGAGAUGAAGCGCAAUUACACUUGGUUCUCCCUCCUCGGCGUUGGCUUCUCCCUCACCAAUUCUUGGUGGGGCAUCUCUGCCGCCCUCAUCACUGGCAUCAACUCUGGGGGCCCUGUGCAAAUCGUCUACGGUUUGCUCUUCUUCGCACUCAUCUCAACAUGCGUGGGAAUAAGUCUAUCAGAGUUGGCAUCAGCACUCCCGAAUGCGGGGGGGCAGUAUUUCUGGGCGAAUGAGCUGGCGCCCAAAAGAUACGCGAACUUCGCCAGCUACUUGACAGGGUGGUUUGCCUGGGCGGGAAGUAUCUUCACCAGUGCUAGUGUCGCAUUGGCAACGGCAAGUGCCGCGGUGGGCUGCUGGCAACUGUCGCAUCCAGACUUCGUGAUAAUGCCAUGGCAUGUUUGGGUUGGAUACCUCGUCAUCAAUGUCUUCGCUUUCAUGUGGAACUGCUAUGCAAAAUGGCUACCCGUCAUAGCUCAGAUUUCGAUAUUCACUUCACUGAUAUCCUUCUUCAUUAUUCUGGUCACGGUCCCUGCAAAGGCGCCAACGCACCAGGAUGCAAAGUUCGUCUUUGCCAACUUCGUAAACAACACUGGGUGGUCGGCAAACGGGAUCGCUUUCAUCGUCGGCCUAAUCAACACCAACUACGCCUUCGCCUGCCUCGAUUGUGCCACUCACCUUGCCGAGGAAGUCAACCGCCCUGAAAAGAUGGUCCCUAUCGCCAUCAUGGGUACCGUCGCCAUUGGAUUCGUCACCUCAUGGUUCUACUCCAUCGCCCUGUUUUUCAGCAUGAACAACCUUAGCGAUCUCCAGACCACUUCUACUCUCGUACCGAUCUUGGCGUUGUUUUACCAAGCCCUUGGAAGUAAGGCAGGAGCCAUCGUGCUGGAGAGUCUGUUCAUAGCGACGGGCAUUUGGUGUCUAGUCGCAAGUCAUACGUGGCAGAGUCGCUUAUGCUGGUCCUUUGCUCGCGAUGGCGGCCUACCCUUUAGCAAAUUCCUCAGCCAUGUUGAUCCUCGAGUGGAUGUCCCUCUCCGUGCCCACUUCGUCAGUUGCGUUCUUGUGACCAUUCUCGGACUACUCUAUUUGGGAAGCUAUACAGCAUUCAACAGCAUGGUCACGGCCUGCAUCGUUCUGCUUUAUGUCUCGUACUCGAUUCCGGUCAUCUGUCUCCUGAUCAAAGGUCGCAACAAUAUUCAUCAUGGCCCCUUCUGGUUGGGCUCUUUUGGACUAUUCGCCAACAUCGUGUUGCUUUUGUGGACCUGCUUUACGAUUAUUAUGUACUCAUUCCCGCCGGCAAAACCCGUUUCCGGAGGAAAUAUGAAUUACGUCUCUGCUGUAUAUGGAGUCGUUGUGUUCAUUAUCGUCGUGGACUGGUUUGCGCGGGGAAAGAGGGGCUAUAGAGGACAAACUUUGAGGCGCGAAGAAGCAGAGGCAAACUUGACUGGCAAUGAGACCGUUAGGUAG